ACUUGGUUGAUUGACUAACUACAUUUUGUAUACAAAAAAGACUAUCUACCUCUAUAAGUUUAUAUGCUAACAGAUCCCUAUUGAUCAUAUCAAAAGCUUUGUGAAAAUCGAUAAAGCACGAAUAUGUUGGCUUAUUUUCUCUUAUUCUUUUUGUUAUAAUUGUAGACAAUACAAAAAUGUGAUCUAAGCAUGAUCUUGAUUUCCGGAACCCAUUUUGUUCUUCCACAAGGAGCUCUUUUUUCUCUAAAUACAACAUGAGCCUCUCAUUAAGUAUUGUAGAAUACAGCUUAUAAACUUUGCUCAUUAGACUAAUCCCUCUAUUUAAAGGCACCCUUGGAUUCUCAUUUUGGGAUUUUGGUAUCGGAUUAAUAAUUGAUUUAAGCCACAUAGAUGGUAUUUUGCCGGAUUGAAAACAUCCUUUAAAUAAAUCACACAAAAUAUCAAAUAGUUUGGGUUUCUAAUAGUUUCUUCCUUUCUAUAUUAUUAUUUAAGCACUUCAGAAACAUAUUUUCUGUUUUACGCAUAGAUUGCCACAAUUUUUUUAACUCUUUGUUCCAAUAAGGUUUCGUAUUAAAUGGCUUUUUUGUUGUAGUUGUCUCCAUCUUUAAUAUCAGACUCUAUAUCUUCUUUAAUCAAUUUACAAAGGCCGGCAUACCAGUUAUCUAGAUUUUCUUGUUCUCUAAAACAUAAUUGUAUAUCAUUCUUAAUUUUCAGAAGGGUUGAUUGCUGUAAACUGGAGGAUAAGAAGUUAACAGGUAAAAUCCUGCUGACUUUCCUUUUUGUGGAUGAAUUUUGUAAACUCUCCUGAUAAGCUACAUGACAAUGAGCCUCAGUCUUUAUAAGACAUUUUAACCACAGUAAAGAAUGAUCUGGGACUCUGCUUCUUUCUCCAAUCAAAUCCAUAUAAUUUGCCAUUUUAAUUAAUUGAAUUAAAACUUGAAACUAAAACUUACAGCUAGCUAAGUUAGCUUUAAUUGAUACCAUUAGCUUUUCCCAAACGAUAAAAAAAAUCAACUGGGAAGUACAAACAGUGAGUGUAAUGAAGAAUUAAUUAUUUCAGGCUUAGUAAAAAUAUAAGCAGUGAGUGUUAUAAAGACUUAUUUCAUUCAGACUUACCAGAAAUACUGUAGGCUACGAUCACCGGAGACCUCCGUUGACCGCAGCAGUAGGUUCAGCUUUGAAUGUCGGCGUGUGAUUGGUAGUCUGCGGUCAAGAAUCCCACGUUUCCAAUUGGUAAUCUACAGUCAAACGGAGCAAUUUAAUUGGGGGAGUCUACGGUCAGUCGACGAAUCAGAACGCGUAACUGAACGUACACUUUGCAGGUUCAGCUUUGAAUGUCGGCGUGUGAUUGGUAGGCGGUCGGCGAAUCCUACGUUUCCAAUUGGUAGUCUAAAGUCAAACGGAGCGAUUUAAUUGGGGGAGACUACGGUCAGUCGACGAAUCAGAACGCGUAACUGAACGUACACUUUGCACAACGAUAGACUCAACUUCUGCUUUUAACAAAGCAACAGAACACAGAGUUCCUUUCAAAACAAUCCUUUGGAGAGGUAAGUCGCACUUUACAGCAGAGCUGAAACUACUUUUUUACUCAACUCUUUCUCUUAAGUAGAGCCGUAUUUUGUUGGGGAAGGAGUACAUUUACGAGGACACUUUAAAUUGACCAAGAAGUAAUUUCUAUACUCUUUGAAUUGACUAAGAGGUUUGCAGUCCCUGCACUUGUGACUUUCUGCAGCUUCUAUCACAGAUCACAUGUGAAUUAAAGAUUAUUUCUCAAACGUAUGACUAAAUAAGUCCUGUUUUAAAAUUAUCUGUGGGUUGUUGAUCUAAAACAAAAAUGUCUAGUUUAUUUAAGUUAAGUUAGAAGGUUUAGUUAAGUGAAAUAACUUGCUUAGUGUGCUGCUUGAAACAAUAAUGUGAUUAUCAGUGAAGUAAUUGCUGUGUGUGUUUGUACUUGCAGUUUCACAAACGCCAGUAUACAACAAAAAAUCAUUGAGAAAAUGUUUAGAUCCAUUUUUGGACAAAACUUCUUUACAAGACCUCGGUCUUCAGGAGAUAUGGACUCUUCUUCAAAGAAGUCCAAACAAAGGAGUGAGAGACCUUCGUCUCCUGAAGACCUCAACCCUCCCACCAUCUUGAGGGAGCACGGACGAAGGGGUGAGAGACCUUUGUCUAGUGGAGGCACCAACCCUUCUAACAUCGUGAAGGAGCGCAGAGAAAGGGGUGAGGGCUCUUUGUCUUGUGCAGAACACAAGCCCUCUACCACCAGGCAGCAAGCAUGGAGGGGUGAGAGCCCUUCGUCGUCAUCUUCUGAAGAUGACCAGCGUUGUACCACCAGGCUGCGAGUUCGAAGGUUUGAGAGCCCUUCCUUUUCAUCCUCUGAAGACAAGCAGCCUACUACUCGGAGGCGGCAGCAAGCAUGGAGGGGUGAGAGCCCUUCGUCGUCAUCUUCUGAAGAUGACCAGCGUUCUACCUUAAGGCAGCAAGUACGAAGGGAUGUGAGCUCUCUGUUCAUUGUGGGCACCAACCCUUCUGCCAUCAUGAAGGAGAGCAGGCAAAGGGGAGAGAGCUCUUUGUCUUCCUCUUCUGAAGAGGAUGAGCCUUCUACCAUCAAGCAGCGAGUACGAAGGUUUGAGAGCCCUUCCUCUUCAUCCUCCGAAGACAAGCAGCCUACUACUCCAAGGCGGCAGCAAGCAUGGAGAGGUGAGAGCCCUUCGUCAUCAUCUUCUGAAGAUGACCAGCGUUGUACCACCAGGCUGCGAGUACGAAGGGAUGUGAGCUCUUUGUUCUUCGUAGGCACAAACAUGAAGGAGCGCAGGCGAAAGGGUGAGAGCCCUUUGUCUUGUGCAGAAAACAUGCCCUCUACCACUAGUGCAAGAAAGGAGACGGAGAUCAUUGAAAGAGAAAAGCAGCGUUUGGAGGAGGGUUUAAAAAGAGAAAGAGAGAGGUGUGAAAAGAUGAAGAGAAAGAACCAGAAGAAGGAGAGGAAAACGUUUAGUCUGCGUUCACGAAUGUACAUUUGGUGGCUCAAUGGCAAGAUAGACAACAUUGCCAGGGACAUCCAAUCAACCGUGGUGGAUGAGAGUUACCGCCUCCGUCAUGAUCCCCUCAGAAAUCCAGAGAAAAUGGCAGAAAAAGAACGUCUGCUUGACCUAAGGAGGGAGCUGGUCAUGUACAAACGCAGACAAGAAUUUAAGGUGGAGAGGGAAGUGAGGAAGCAAUGACUGAAGGCAUUGGAGCGCAGGUGAAAGGUUGAGAACCCUUUGUCUUGUUCAGAAAACACGCCCUGUACCACCAGGCAGCAAGAACAAAGGGCUGAGAGACCUUCCUCUUCGUCUUCUGAAGACAACGAGCCUUCUACCACAAGGAGGCCGCAACAAGGAAGUCCUUUGUCCUUCGUAGACAUCAACCUUUCUACCACCUUUAGGCAGAAUGGAGGAAUUGGUAAGAACCAUUUGCCCUGCAUUGACAUUGACCAGCCUAGCAUCUGGUGGUAGCACGUACGAAGGGGAGAGAGACCUUUGUCUCGUGGAGAUUUCAACUCUUCAAACACCUUGAGGCAGAUUGGACGAAGUUGUGACAGCCCUUCCUCUACAUCUUUGUCUUCUGAAGACGACGAGCCUUCUACCACAAGGAGGCAGUAAGAAAGAAGGGCUAAUAGCCCUUUAUCUGUCAAUCUGAGUGCAAGAAAGGAGAGGGAGUUCAUUGAAAGAGAAAAGCAGCAUUUGGAGGAGGAGGGUUUAAAAAAAGAAAGAGAGAGGUGUGAAAAGAUGAAGAGAAAGAACCAGGAGAAGGAGAGGAAAAUGUUUAGUGUGCGUUCAAGAAUGUACAUUUGGUGGCUCAAUGGCAAGAUAGACAACAUUGCCAGGGACAUCCAAUCGACCUUUGUGGAUGAGAGUUACCGCCUCCGUCAUGAUCCCCUCAGAAAUCCAGAGAAAAUGGCAGAAAAAGAACGUCUGCUUGACCGAAAGGAGGGAGCUGGUCAUGUACAAACGCAGACAAGAAUUUAAGGUGGAGAGGGAAGUGAGGAAGCAAAGACUGAAGCUAGAGAGGAAGGAAAUAAAUGCGAAGAAGAUGGAGAAUAUCUUUGAGUUAUGCAGCAACUCAGAAUACCCAGCUAUGUUAAAUUUUUUCUACGGACCAAUGCCAGUCAGGUCACAUAUAUAUAAAAUGGCACCAAAUAGAGAGAGGUAAUUGAGGGAGACGGCAAACAUUUCAGAUUUGGUAGAGCGGGCGCCCAUAUAUAGAGGUUUACUCCUCGACGCAGCGGGCCUGGGUUCA